AUCACAAUACUUAUCAUUCAAAAGUAAAAAAGAAGAUAGAUAAAUUGAGUUAAUUGUAAUAAUGGUUCAUUCUCUUAAUAUAAAAGCGAUAUUGUCCGAGUGGUUUAAACUCUAUAAAAAAUGGAUAACAGAUAAUCCGAAUUUGAUAUCGGACAUAGAGAGUACAUUAAAAUAUUUAUCAUUUUUUACUGCAGAACGAUUCAACCAUUUGACAUUGGCAUCGGAGCUUGUUUAUUCUCUUCCAAACUUAAUAAUUCUGUUCAAUGAUCAAAUUAUUAAAGCUAGUAAAUGUCCACAAUCAAAUUUACCAUCAUUAUAUUCCAAAUUAAAAAUAUGGUUAACUACAAUUGAUUAUACAGAGGCAUUAUUUGAAUUAUCAGCUAAAAGAGUAUGGGGUGAAACCGGACGAUGGUUUAUUAUUUCCUUAAUUCAAUUACUAAAAGUUGUAAUGCGGUUAGUACUUAUAUAUCGCUAUAAAGAACGCAUUACUCAGACUCCUGCUAUUCGACCAUUAAAUCGUGAAGAACUCAAUGAAAACUGUAAUGAAUACAAAUUUCCUAAGGAAGCUUUUUCGCUCAAACGUUCUGGAAAGGUUGUAAGAACAGUCAGAAGCAGUUCAAUACAAACAAGAACAUGGACACCACUUGCAUCUUCAUCUGCUAUUGAAACAGAAGAACUUGGAAAUCCCAGUCAUAUUUAUUCGCUGAAAAAGUCUCUUCUUUUAGCUGAAACUAUGUAUGUAGUAAAACCACUAUUACAUCUCGGUUGUUUAUCAAUUACCGGAUCGCGAGAUUGGUUUCCAUGGCUUUUAUCAUUUUUUAUUGAUGUAGCAAGUUUAAAAAUCGUCACCGAAGAAUCAAUGCUCACUACGAAAGAGCAACAAGAACUUGUACGUCGUAGGAUAGGAUUACUAUUGUAUUUGUUACGAUCACCUUUUUAUGAUAACUGUAGUCGUAUCAAAAUAUUAUCAAUGCUUGACAUGAUAUCUAAAAAAGUACCAUUAGCAAGAUUAAUUACCGAGCCAAUAGCCAAAUAUUUGCCACAUUGGCAGAAUACAUAUUUUUACAUGUGGUCAAUGUAAUGAAUAUUUAUAAUAUAUUUUUACA